GCGUUACCCUCCUCCCAGACCAGAGCGAGAGAAAAAGAAAAAAACAAGACGAGAGGGUUGCUCAAAAAUCAGAAUCAGUUUCAUCACAUAUGCAUGUUUAAUUGUUCCAGAUGAAGAGAGAAAGAGAAGACCCUGAAGCUCAAAGGCCAAGAAGGCCAGAAGUUUCUUCUCGAGGAGAAACGAGAACCAUCAAAGCGGGAUUAACCACAACUGAUGCCCUGCAUUAUCUCAAAACCGUGAGAGAGAUUUUUCAUGACAAUGUAGGCAAAUAUGAGACUUUCCUUGAGGUCAUGAGAGACUUUAAAGCUCAGAGAGUCGACACUGCUGGUGUCAUAAAUAGAAUCAAAGAUUUGUUCAAGGGGUACAACGACCUACUCUUAGGUUUUAAUACUUUCUUGCCCAAAGACCAUUCAAUAACCCUUGAAGAGAAGCCUAAGACCAAGGUGGAUUUCAAAGAUGCUAUCAGUUUUGUCACCAAGAUUAAGGCAAGGUUUGGGGGUGAUGAGCAUGCAUAUAAAACUUUUCUAGACAUCUUGAACAUGUAUCGAAAGGACAGAAAGUCCAUCGCUGAGGUCUACAAAGAGGUUACUUUGCUGUUCAAGGGUCAUGAAGAUCUCCUCGUGGAGUUCGUUAAUUUCUUACCUAAUUGUUCAGGAUCUGCUUCUGCAAAGAAUGCAGUACCGCGUCCUAAGAGAAUAAAACGAGAAUGUAAGCUUGAAGACGAGUCUGAACACUCUGAUCAACGAGAAGAUGGUGAUGAGAACCUUGUCGCUUGCUCCGCUGGUAAUUCCCUGGGAAACUCCCUUGUAAAAGAAAAUAGAGAAGAUGGUGAAAGAGAUACAGAUAGAACUGACAAAAGUGCAGCGGCUGGCAGUAGUGAUAUUGGAAAUCAAAAAAGUCCACUCCCUGCUUCAAAGUAUGCGGGAAUACCUAUAAAUGAACUUGAUCUUUCCGAAUGCGUUCAGUGUACGCCAAGUUAUCGGCGCCUUCCAAAGGAUUAUCCAGUUGAGAUUCCAAGGUACAGAAAUGCACUUGGUAAAAAGGUACUUAAUGACCACCUGGUAUCCGUCACCUCAGGGAGUGAAGAUUUCUCGUUCAGUCACAUGCGCAAAAACCAGUAUGAAGAAAGCUUGUUUCGGUGUGAGGAUGACAGGUAUGAAAUGGACAUGUUACUAGGAUCUGUAAGUUCAGCUAUUAAACACGUGGAAAUUCUUCUGGAAAAGAUCAACAACAAUACGAUCUCAACGGACACUAUAUGCAUUGAAAAACACUUAUCAGCUAUGAACUUACGAUGCAUUGAGCGGUUAUACGGUGAUAAUGGCGUUGAUGUCAUGGAUCUUAUGAAGAAGAAUAUGCAUAGCGCUUUACCGGUGAUACUAACGCGCUUGAAGCAGAAGCAAGAAGAAUGGGCAAGAUGCCACGCUGAUUUCCAGAAAGUUUGGGCUGAAGUGUAUGCCAAGAAUCACCACAAGUCACUAGACCAUCGUAGUUUCUAUUUCAAGCAGCAGGACGCCAAGAACUUGAGCACAAAAUGUUUAUUGGCAGAGAUAAAAGAUAUCAGUGAGAAAAAACAUCAAGAAGAUCUGCUUCAAGCUAUUUCUGUCAGAGCUAUGCCUUCUUUUACUCCGGAUUUGGAGUUCAAUUUUUGUGAUACACAAAUUCACGAAGACCUAUAUCUGCUAAUCAAGUAUUACUGUGAAGAAUUUUGUACGACUGAACAAGCAGAUAAGGUAAUGAAGCUGUGGACAACCUUUUUGGAGCCCAUGUUCGGCAUUCUUUCAAGGUCUCAAGGUAACCUGGGGAUGGACGAUGUAUCGAAGGUAAAAAACAACCAAGGAUUGCUUGAUGCAAGUGUUACAGUGAAGGACAGCGCUUCUGGGUCAAACCGUAAACAUUCUAGAUCCCCGGAAAAGCUGAACAAGGAUAAACCAGCAGUGAAAGGCAGCUCUCCUGGAAAAGAUGUGUCUUCCAUUAUAGUGAAAACAGUUAAGCACAAUAAACUGCAAGGUGAUGAAGCCAUGACUAAUGAGUCGUCUAAGCUGGUGUCACCAAGAAAAGAUCAGAUAACUGAAAAUGUAGAGGUUCGUAAGGUUAAGGAAGUAUCAGUUGGAAAGCAUGAGCUUGAGCGGGAAGAGGGUGAGUUAUCUCCCACUGGCAAUUAUGAGGUGGCUAAUGGACCCGAAGGUGAAGAUGGAUCCUUGGCAUGUUCAGAAAGGUUUCUGGAAACUGUAAAACCUGUUGCCAAGCAUGUGCCUGGGCCAUUGAAAGCUAUUGAAACUGGCUCCCAGAAUGAUUCUCGAGUCUUUUACGGGAAUGAUUCGUAUUAUGUGCUAUUUAGGCUUCAUCAAAUGUUGUACGAGAGGAUGCAAUCAGCAAAGAAACAGGCAGAGAAGAAGGGGAAGGCUCCAGAUAACACAACUCCUGAUUCUUAUGCAAGGUUCAUGGAUGCACUCUAUAAUUUACUUGACGGUUCUACUGACAAUACCAAGUAUGAAGAGGAAUGCCGCUCUGCUCUUGGAGCACAAUCUUAUGUUCUUUUCACAUUGGACAAGCUAGUUCAGAAGCUUGUUAAGCAUCUCCAUGCGGUUGCAUCUGAUGAGACAGACACCAAGCUUGUGCAACUAUACGCAUAUGAGAACUGCAGAAAAAAGGGAAGAUUCUUUGAUCUAGUGUAUCAUGAUAAUGCACGUGCCAUUCUCCAUGAGGCAAACAUAUACCGAAUCAGAUAUUCGUCGGCAGAAACCAGUCUCUCUAUUCAGCUUAUGAACAGUCAUCCUGAUCUAACGGGUGCAGCUAUGGAGCCCGGUUUUGCAGACUAUCUACAAAAUAACUUUCUGACAUCCGUCAAUGAUGAAGAGAAGCAUGGAGUGUUUCUGAAAAGGAACAAGGAGAAACUCACCGGUUUGGAUGAAUCUUCGGGGAUGCUUGUUGCAAUGGAAGGAUUGAAUGUUAUAAACGAGAUCGAAUUCAAGAUGGCUUGCAAUACUUCAAAGGUGAAGUAUAUAGCAAACACAUCAGAUCUUUUGUACAGAAGCAAGCAGAUGAAACAGAAUCCGAGGCUUAAAAGAGUGAGUGAAAUCUCAAAACAGAGGAGAAUCUCGCGGUUUCACAUUAUGCUCAAUUGCAAAAUUAUGGCCUUGCCGUCUCUAUAAGCACGUGUUAGUGUUGAGGUUCUUAGUGGCAAAGAUUAUUUGGCUCUUAGAGAUUAUGCAAAGGUUUGGUGGUAAGAGUAAGAUCAUCAUAUGACUUAUGAUUCAUCAAUAAGCCACCUUUUUUGUUUCUGCCAGAAUUAGACCUUUUGAUGUAUAGUUUUUAUAAGAAUAUAUUGUAUGAUACCAAAGCUGGCAAAUAUCGGGGAGUGGCAAUAUUUUCACUCAACAAGUCUUUCAUCUCAUGUUUU